AUUCAGUCAUGAAACUCUUAAUUAACCAAAUACUCUCUUUACUUGUUAUAAAAAUAGUAAGUUCUACUGACGUUCCGGAGCACCACGAUAUUCAAUACAGGGAACAUGUUAAGAAACCAGUUAUACCCAUUUUAAAACAUAACUUUGAACAGCAUAAUGAAGGAUAUCAGUAUAGUUAUGAAACCGGUAAUGGAAUUCACGCUCAAGAAUCAGGCUAUAUUAAGAACAAAGGUGAUAAAAAACAUGAAACUCUAGUUCAGCAGGGUUCGAUAACAUACCACGAUGAACACGGCCAUCCUAUUACCCUUAGCUAUGUCGCUGACGAGAAUGGUUUCCAACCCCAAGGAGCACAUUUACCCACUCCACCUUCUAUUCCAGAAGAAAUACAGAAAAUAAUUAACACUCAUAACCAAGACAACGAACAACAAAUUGAGUACGAACAACAAGUUGAUUAUGAGCAGCAAGCUGACUAUGAGCAUGCUCAAAAUUAUGCACAACCUCAGUAUUAGGUAAAUCAA